AGGGACAAGGAUGGCUUCCCAGUCUCGCGAGUGGUGGGCGGAAGACUGGGGAGAGGAGCGGUGUGGUACCAGCUCCCGGGAGCCCGUCCCGCGGGGUCUCCGUGCAGGCUGGGGGUUGGAGAGAGCAGGGCCCCCUCUAGGGACAGCCGGGGAGUGCUGGCGACCGGCCCCACCUACGACCGCUGCUGCACAAGCCGCCGUCCUAGGGUGCAGGUUACAGGUUGUGAUGAACACUCUUAAAAAAAGAAUCCUGCCAAUUAUGAAACGUCAGGUGGUUUGGGCGCGAGGGUGGGUAGAGGAAUCACACCUCGACGGAGAGUGGAGGAAAAAGAUGUGGGCAGAUCCGGGCUGUUUCAGAUUGCGGAGGAUGUCAGCCUAUUUAGCUGAAAUGCAAACCAUAACAGAGGCUACAAAAGACCCCACGGCUGUGGAGAGAGCCAAUUUGUUAAACAUGGCGAAACUAAGCAUCAAAGGGCUCAUUGAGUCCGCCCUGAGUUUUGGCCGCACCCUGGACUCCGAUUACCCUCCUCUGCAGCAGUUCUUUGUGGUGAUGGAACAUUGUCUGAAGCACGGCCUGAAAGUGAGAAAAUCCUUUUUGAGUUAUAACAAAACUAUUUGGGGCCCUCUGGAACUGGUGGAGAAGCUGUACCCAGAAGCAGAGGAAAUCGGAGCGAGUGUCCGGGAUCUGCCUGGUCUUAAGACUCCCCUGGGUCGUGCUAGAGCGUGGCUUCGAUUAGCCCUCAUGCAGAAAAAAAUGGCCGAUUACCUGCGUUGCCUAAUUAUCCAGAGGGAGCUCCUGAGCGAGUUCUAUGAGUACCACGCACUGAUGAUGGAGGAGGAAGGAGCCGUGAUUGUCGGGCUGCUGGUCGGCCUGAACGUGAUUGAUGCCAACCUGUGUGUGAAGGGAGAGGACCUAGACUCCCAGGUUGGAGUGAUUGAUUUCUCAAUGUAUUUAAAGAAUGAAGAAGAGAUUGGAAACAAAGAAAGGAACGUUCAAAUUGCUGCCAUCUUAGACCAAAAGAAUUACGUUGAAGAGCUAAACAGACAACUCAACAGCACCGUCAGCAGCCUCCAUUCAAGAGUGGACUCGUUAGAGAAGUCAAACACUAAGCUGAUCGAAGAGUUAGCAAUAGCGAAGAAUAAUAUCAUAAAGCUCCAAGAGGAAAACCACCAGUUACGUAGUGAAAAUGAGUUGAUCUUAAUGAGAACUCGGCAGCACCUAGAGGUUACCAAAGUGGAUGUAGAAACCGAGCUUCAAACAUACAAGCAUUCCCGACAAGGUCUAGACGAGAUGUAUGAUGACGCCAGAAGGCAGCUUCGAGACGAGUCGCAGCUCCGACAGGAUGUGGAGAAUGAGCUAUCAGUACAAGUUGGCAUGAAGCAUGAGAUCGAGCUGGCCAUGAAGUUGUUGGAGAAAGAUAUUCAUGAGAAACAAGACACUCUCAUAGGCCUUCGGCAACAGCUGGAAGAAGUCAAAGCAAUCAACAUUGAGAUGUAUCAAAAGCUGCAGGGCUCUGAAGAUGGCUUGAAAGAAAAAAAUGAAAUAAUUGCCAGACUAGAAGAAAAGACCAAUAAAAUCACUACAGCCAUGAGGCAGCUGGAGCAAAGUGACAACGACUUGUUAACUCAAACUAGGACAAUUGCAGUGUCAUUGGUGAAAAGUGCUAGCAGUGACCCUCAGGACCAGUACAAGCUGGUCAAAGACAUCUCCUUCUGAAACCCACUCCUAGAGCAGAGCCCAUACUCUCCCAUGUUAAUGGAAAAGCAUUUAUGCUAUCUCAUAUGUACAGGCUGCAGGACCCACCCCUUCAUGGCUGCUGUGCAACAUGGCAGCUGCACUUGGGCGGGCUCCUCACAUGCACUCCUCAGCCUUGUGCACAAGGGCAGAUCCGAGUCUCAUCUUCGAGGAUGGCAAGAUUUUCAAAGUUUUAUCUUUUUAGCUACUUUUUGAUGGAAGCUAGAAACCUUUGGUUUCAAGCUGUGUUGGCACAGAUAAAACAUAUACCCACACCCACUGGCAUACUCUGCCUAAUGGCUCCUUUUUAAAGUUAAGUUUUUAAAGCAUUUUCUCAAGCCAGGCUGGCCGUUGCCUUGAGCUUUAGCACCUCCGUUUUCUAAUCCUCCCGCCCUCCUGUGAUAGCACAACUGCAGGCCUACCUCACUUACUUUACGGAGUCCACCCCUACCGCCUUAAUCCUUUCAUUUCAAUGUAGACCUAGAGGUAACUUACUUCCUCUCCUUUCCUUGGAGGCUUUUGUACUCGCAGUGUGUGUUGCCUUACUUAGGGUGUUUGAGGCAGAUAUGAAGAUACAAGAGUUCUCUUGUGACUUCUCAUGAAGAGUUAAUGUCCCUUGAAUUCUAGGAAAUAUUUUCUUAUAAAAUAUUGAAGAUAAACCUCAGAAAUCUUGAUGGCCAAGGGAGGCAAUGAGUGUGGCUAAGCCUGGGGACAGUGACUUAAAUAAAAAUAGGGAAACAGGAUUCAAGGUAAAGAAUAGAAAUUACUUAGGGCUGGAGAGGUGGCAGCAGUUAAGAGCACAUAUUCUUAUAGAGGACCUGGGUUCACUUCCCAGCACCCACAUGGAGUGGCUUACCACUGUCUAUAGCUCCAGUUCCAUGGGAUCUGACACCUUCUGACCUCUGUGGGCACCAAGCAUAUGUGGUGCCUAGACAUUCAUUCAAACAAAACAUUCAUAAAUAUAAAAUAAAUAUUUAAAAAUUUCUUUCUAGGGAAUGAUGCCAAGCACUAAAUAUUGUUGAAUUUUAAAAAUACACAUAUACACACGUACAUAAACAGCUUUGCAUAAUUAAUCAGCUGCACAGAGCCCCACAGGAAGACUCCAGUACUGAGAGUGGUGGUUGCUCCUGGCCUUUGUAGUGCACUUGAGUCCUGGCACACACAUCUUAGCAUCACACACAGCAGGUGUGGUCUGCACUUACUAUAGACCCAAGUAUGCUGCUCACGGCUUUGUAAAAGGGCAGUAUCAUACCUAGCCAUAUUUGAAAUUUGAAUCAUUAUCCUCCAACAGUAAAAACCUGUAUUGCUUUGCAUUAAUUAUGAACAAGAAAUAAAGCAAAUUUAAAGAUA